AUGGCUAACGAAUCCUCGCAUCUUACAGACAGAAAUGUUUCAACCGGUCCAUCUCCGACCACAUAUCUGCGUCAGCCAGCCAACGCAGGGCUAGAUCUAAACACUACGGCAGCCACUCCUCAGAACGUGUCCAUUCCAGGCGUCCUGUUUGCCAUUCCCUUCCCUCCAGCCACUCACGCAAAGGACAUUGAAAACCGGCCGAGUUUUCUGCUCUAUGCGCCCCCUCGCGCGGCGUAUCGCAAACCUUCCCCGGGACCAGAUGGCAAAGCCGGAAAAGAGAAGCUAAUCAAGCGUGUUGAACGUGGAUGGCAAGAGGAAGUCGUACAAGGAGAGAAGAUUCAUGAUGGAGUGCUGCCCGACGCCAGUCGCUGGCAGCGCACCAAGGGCUCGCUUGCACGGCAUGCCGCUCAGCUUAUCCAGUGGCUUCCGGAUAGCAACAUCGAAGCCCUCUCUCGGAUCCCGCCCAAGAAGAAGAUGCACGAGGCCAUCGUCUUCAUGCCAACCGGAGCCACAGAUCGCUCACCGAUAUCUCCCCAUGCCUUGACGGACCUGGAGAGUCAGCUGGCUCGCACGCGCAAAAAAGCGAUGACGAGGACUGCAGUCUCAGGCGUACUCCUGCCAUUCACGGAGGCUUUGGAUUGGUUUGUUCCGAUAUUUUCAUUUGAGGUUGAUGCCGCAUACUUUACGUCGCAACUCCAAGGACUUCGCAAAGCAACUGCGCUGACCGGAGAUGACGUGCAUCUCAGCCUCGAGCCGAGCCAGCAUCUGGCCCCCCUUCAGGCCCGACUACUGGCCCUUUGCAAUGCUCGCAAGCCGAAGUUUUUCCCCAACCUCAAUUCAGCCGCAACGCACACUUUGAGGACUACGAAUGAGGACACGCAGGGCGCGGAGAGAGCACACUGCGAUGAUGAGAUUUCUCCCUCACAGCCAAUGUCUUCUAUCGAACUCGACGCCACUGGUCCACCACCGGGCUCGUCGGGGGGACGAAUCCUCGCCGAAGCCAUUGUUGCACAAUUCCGAGCCGCGGUCCCACCGGAAGUUGCCGGCCGACAUGCAAUUGAUGACUUGGAAUCACUUGCGGAAGACAUAGAAAGGUGCCUGCAAAAGGGAGCGGACGAAUACUGCAAGACAUUGUAAUAUGAUUCAGAUCCAAGAAGGUUCAUAGUUUUGUUAUCAG